AUGUCUUCGAAGGGGCUCGUAUUGCUCGUAUGGGUGUUCUUCGUCCAUUUGGCUGGCAUCUACCUCUACACACGUGGGUUUCUUCUCACUCGCCUAUCCUUGUCGGAACGCAGCGGAUGUGAAGACGGAUCAUGUACUCUGCAGCCUACACACAAGAGGGCAGUGGUGCUCAUCAUUGAUGCGUUGCGAUUCGACUUUGUCAGCCCAGACCCUCCACAACCACCCUCACCGUAUUACCACAACGUCGUGACUUUGCCUGGGCAGAUGACCGCUGCCCAGCCUUCCCAGUCCUUCCUUUUCGACACGUAUGCCGAUCCGCCAACGACGACACUGCAGCGCAUCAAGGGUAUCACUACAGGUUCUCUUCCUACAUUCGUCGACGUUGGGUUCAACUUCGGGGCAAUGUCAACGGACGAGGAUUCAUGGGUCAGUCAGGUGAAAGAUGCAGGCAAGAACGUGGCCUUCAUGGGCGACGCCACAUGGUCCGCUGUAUUCUCAGACAAGUUAGCACCCGACAUGACGUUUCCGUUCGACUCUUUCAACGCGGAAGAUUUGCACACAGUGGACAACGGCGUCAUCCGGCACCUCCUUCCGCUGAUGAGCAAUGCAUCAGCACCGUGGGACAUCGACCUUGUACCGUCGCUUUCGCUGCUCCUUGGACUCCCCAUUCCAUACAAUAAUCUCGGUAUGGUCAUUCCCGAGCUGUUCUGGCGCGACGCGCGAGGGAUGGAAUUUGAGAAUGCCCUCGAUUUGAAUGCACAGCAGGUGAAGAGGUAUCUCAACACGUAUCGCGCGAAGCCGGCGGGCGGAGAACUUGACAGCUCGUGGGCGGAGUUGCAGGAGCGCUGGGUAGCUGUGGAGGCUGUAAAGGGAGAAGCGCGUAAGGCCAGGUUGUUCUUGACAGAGGAGUACGUGCGCGCGGCGUUGGAGGCAUGCCGUUUGAUAUGGGCAAGGUUCAACGUGUCGCUGAUCGUGCUGGGACUUGUCCUGCUGGCUGCAAGUAUAGCUUCGUCUUGGGUACUGUAUGUGAAAUUUGGGGAGAUGCAGGAAGAGUGGGGUGAUUGGGCGGGGAAGGUUCGGAGGACCUGCGUAAUCUGGACGGCGGUAGGUGCUGUGGUAGGAUGCGGCUCCUACUUCCCGCUGCGCGCUGUGAUCAAGGGCGUUGAUGCCCUCCAGUGCGUCAUUUUCUGCGCCCCGUUUGCAUCUUCGCUCGCCGUUGUCUUCACCAACAAGCCGUCGAGGCUCAACUUCAGCAUCUCGUCUCUUUCUCUUCCCCUCAUUCUACACGCGCUCUCUUUCGCCUGGAAUUCGCUCACAUUCUGGGAAGACCGCGUCGUCACAUUCCUGGUGCUGUCGUCCAUCGUCCCAUCUGUGUUUACCGGAUUCACAGCACCCACCGCGCGCCUGCGCUACCGCAUUCUCGGGUUCUCCGCGCUCUUUGCAGCGUGUGUCUGGCUGAUGGCGAUGAGCACUGUCUGCAAGGAGGAACAUCAGCCGUACUGCUAUGUCACGUUCUUCGCUUCGUCCUCCUUCCCGGAGCCGCCGUUACCCGUCCUCAAACUCUCCCUCGCAGCCUCGAUCGGUCUGUCAUUUGCCAUUCGCGCGUUCCUCAUGAUAUCCAAGAGCGACAAAGGCAUUGCACCGAUCUUCCUGUCGUUGUUCAUGCCCGGAAUCCUGCAUCUGGGUGCGAUGCAUUGGAUUAUGGAGUGGUUGGACAGUGCAGAGGUUCUUGGGCCGGGACAUGGUGGGAUUUUGCGCGCGGAUCGCACGUCACUCGCUCGGAACUUGAUGGGCAUCAUCGUUUCUUUUGUCACAAUAACCUGGCGGACCUGGUCACUAUGUCUCGGGGUCAGUAUAACGGAGACGCCGACGACAGCGGCGAAGAGUGCUAUCACGAAUGAUGAGGCUUCCCAAGAACCGAAGAAGCUGGUCACUAUUCUCGGAUCUGCCAACACUUUCGGAGCGUCGUAUCUCCUCCUCUGGUGCAUGAUGCUGUGCUUGCUUUCCGUCGCGACGCAGCUGACUGGACAGCUCGUUCUCGGCUUGGCGACGCUCGCCGUUCUCGCGCAUGUCGAAGUGGUGGACAGCGUGCGCGACGUCCAUGCACUCGAAGCGGCGUUCCCGUCCGAGACGCCAUCGCUCGCGCCUGGUACGGCCAGUCGAUCCAGCGAACUGUUGCGCUUCUCGCAUAUCGUGCCGUUAGCGCUGCUGGCACUACAUACGUUCUAUGCAACGGGUCAUCAAUCGACGAUCUCGUCCAUACAGUGGAAAAGCGCGUUUGUGCUGACGUCCACCUUCAGCUAUCCAUUCUCCCCAUUCGUCCUUAUUCUGAACACAUUCGGGCCCCAGUUCCUGAUUGCGUUCGCGACGCCGCUACUCGCGUUAUGGAACGUUCUGCCGCUACCGCAGCCGAAAGUAAGCGUGCGGGUGCGCGGGGAUGCCAUGCGUGCCGGGCUGGGUAUGAUGCUCUAUCACUCUGUGCUGCUGCUCGCGAGCGCGGUGUGCGCAGCGUGGCUUAGGGGGAGUCUCACGGUGUGGAAGGUGUUUGCGCCGAGACUGAUGAGCGCGGCGGCUUCGCUGGUGGCAAUUGAUCUAGCAAUUCUACUAGGAGUUGGGCUGGGCGUCAGCAAGGUUGCUGGACGGGUCUCGACAAUAUUUGGCCCACUAGGCUCAGGCCGAGGAUUGGUCUCAUAUGACCCAAAAACGAAUUGGAAAAUUCAGCAGUGA